AACAAAGCUCAAAGUCAACUUACAAUUUGAAAUAUCAUAUCAAUGUAAAUGAGCUUCUUUUCGAUUAUUUUGGGAUUGCCUAUAGAAAGAAUAAAAUUUAUUUCAUAAAUUAUAUAAUAUUUACCAAGAAUGAAAUUUAGACGUGUACAAAUAACACGCGACCUUUCCUAGCACUAACAAAACAUAUACAGCUAAUAUUUUUUGACAGAAGCGUACAGAAGAUAAAAAUGUUAUUUGUUAAUAAUUUUUUUGUAAAUAUUUGUUAAAUGAGCAAUUGUAGAAUGUGAUCACAAUGGGCGGCUGCAUAGGAAUAACUAGAAGUGGUAGCGGGCCUAUAGAGGAGUCCUCGGCUACCGUGUCUCGGCCUAAUUCAGGUGGCCUGAGGAAGAAUCAGUCGCUAUGCCACGAGACGAUAAGAUGGAAAUCAGACGUGCCAUUGACAGAAGGACAGCUACGUAGCAAAAGGGAUGAGUUUUGGGACACAGCGCCGGCGUUCGAAGGACGCAAGGAGAUCUGGGACGCACUGCGGGCAGCUGCCGUCGCCGCAGAGGCGAUGGACUUCCAGCUCGCGCAGGCGAUCCUCGACGGAGCCAGUGUAUCCGUACCUAAUGGCUACCUCACAGAGUGCUAUGAUGAAUGGGGCACAAGAUAUCAGGUCCCGAUAUACUGCCUAUCGCCACCAAUAAACAUGGUGAAGGAGGCCAGCGGGCGGGACUCGCCGGCGGAGUGGUCGGAGCCGGUGGAGGGCGGCACGGAGGUGUCGCUGCGGCUGCGGCUCUCCAACACCUGCAAGGACGUCGACCUGGCUGUGUACUCCCGCCACACGGUCGCACAGUGCAAGAAUAAGUUACAUGCUCAAGAAAACAUAGAGCCGUGGCGGCAACGCUGGUUCUACGGCGGCAAGCUGCUGGGCGACCGCCUCAUGGUGGAGGAGGCCAAGAUCACGCCCGGGUACGUCGUGCAGGUCAUCGUGAGCACCGACCCGCAGCCGCCCAGCUAGUCGCGCAAACACUACUGCGUCUUUGUGGUACUUUGCAUUUAUUUUUCCAUAUUAUUUGUAUAAAGGCGACAGCUCAGCGCGAGUGCGGGUUUUCAACUGAUGACGUCAUUUGACAGGCACGGUUAGCGCCAUCUGUUGAUAGCCGGUAGAAGCUAAGUUGAUGUUUGAAUUAAUCAUUCUAAAACUCGCACUCGUGCGCGUUAGGGUCUUAGUAUAAAGGACUCGUUUUACUUGUUUUAGAUAGUACGGAGUAGGUUCAAACGUCACUUGGCUCAUGUGUACGACUACGUAUAAGCUCUCUCUCGCUGUCGUACUGUAGUUAUAUUUCUAUAUUUACUGAUUAUUUAUGUUUUGUAGAUUAUAGUUUAGGUUUGGGCCAUACAUGCGCUUUGUGUGAUCAAUCGUAGGAAGCACAAGCGACCGUGGCGCCUUUUGUGCUCAUUUUACUGUCAAAGAAUGUACUAUGGAGAUUGAAAUCUUUAUAAAUACAAGCAUAUACUCACAACUUUUUGAAGAUUUUUUGUAUAAAGUGCAAUAAAAUGACGGGAUAUCCCGUAGUAAUGAUAAAUAUUGAAAUAAAUAAUUUCGUUCACAUCAUUGUUUACUUUCCGUAUGCUUAGAGUAAAAUCGCCCAGAGAAAUAAAUAUGUUCAUAAUAACUGCAAAAUAUCACGAAGACGCUACAGCAAGGAUUACGGAGCAACACGAUCCACGUAAUAAAUAUAUUUAUUCUAAAGUAACAAAGUGGACGGGAAUACAAUAUGUGUAACUAUGUGAAGAUGGCCCUGGGAUAUACAAUCAUUAUAAUAUUAAAAAUAUUCAGAACCCAAGAUUGGCAAAACUGUUCUUGGUAAUAUCAUGGAAAAAAAUAUGCAAGAAAUCCUUCCAUGAUGUUUGCUAACUCCGGAAACUUAAACGAAGUGUAUUAUUUUUUCUGUAAAAAAAUAACAUUGUUAUCUCAAUUUCCUAACAAGUAAUAUACACAAAUAGUUUUGGCUUAACACAACUAUAUUGUAUGUUCCAAGGCCUAUAUCUUUAAACAUAUAACUCUGUGCUCGAAAAUAAGGCUCGAUGUCCCGGCGAACGCAACGCUUGUAACGUGUCGCCUUGUAUAUUACAUUCUUAUCUGUAACUCGUCCGUAGAAUAUGUGACGUUUGCUCUAACUAUUCAAUAAUGUUUGAUUAAAAUCACAACUUUUAAAUAUAACAGAUGGGGACCUUACAGCGCACUACACAAUGUAGAGCGGCGAUUAUUAUAACUUAAUUAAGGCGGGUUUAUUAUUAAGGAAUUCCAUUUGGAUCCAAAUAGACCCACGAUCUCGAUGAAAACGCGUGAGCGAACGGUUUAUAAACAAUUGUGCAAUAUGAUUAUUGUAAAAGGUUGUGGUGAAAGGUGGUGUCUCUUGGUUGGGUCAUUUAGAUCCUUCUUUUGUUAAUUAUUCAGUUUUUGGCAUAGUAUGUUCAAAGUUAUGAUAAAUGAAAAUAAAUUAAAGACAAUCGUUGCAUAUCUUACGGACGACACAUCACGCUAAUAAUUUGUAUUAGAAUCGUAUAAAUUGUCUAUAUUUAUAUAUAAAAUGCCCCAAUUGUAGUGUUUAAUAUGGUAUAUGUAUAUUGCAGUGAUAACUGGAUAGUUUAAGGCUAUAAGAUGGGUACACGAAUAGGAGCUGGAAUACAUUUUUAUAUGAAGCAAGGAUUUUAUCUCAAAAAUGAUAAGUUUCAGUUUUGUUGCUGGUAAAAAUCAUUCUGUUUCCAAUGCGCCGUUAAAUUUCACCGAUACACCAGGGAAAUGUUAAUUUGUUUGAAAAUUGAUUUUACGAAUAUACAUACUUAAUAACACACAGACAAUAACUUGGCUCUUAUGUAGCUUUUCAUUAAAUUAGUUAUAACGUACUAACACUAGAGACAAUCUGUCCGUCCGACGCUCACGCUAAACGGAUAUCGUAAUACAAAUGGGAACUUACUUAUUUCAUAUCAUCUAUAAUAGGGAAUAUUCGCUAUUUUAAAUAUUUUGCUCACUGUACAUGCAUACUCUAGUACGAUAACACUCGUUAUAUUUAUCAAAUUGUACCUACAUAUAUAUUUACACGACUCGAAGGAUUUUUAUUUAUUAAAUAGGUUUCACUUUAAGGAGCUUGUAUACUUGUUUUUUUUUUCUAUCUAUUGUUUUUAUUUUAUGGCCGUCCGUGUGCCAUCAACAAAGAACCAAUUGUUAGCUGGCCUCUUCAUGAGGUAUUUAUUGCUGCUUUUCUGCGGCAAACUAUUUAGCCUAUUUUUUUAGGGGUCUUUCUACACUAAACUGUUGAAGCUAGUUUGCUUAGACAACGUUUAUGUAGUUUGGAUUGCUUGAAAAAUUUAGGUACCGGUCAUUACGCCUACAUGUCAUUGAUCUUAUAUCCAACCUGUUGUACAAUGCAUGCCCAUUUUGUUGUAGAAUAUCACCUUUUAAUUUGAAUAAAAGGGUCAGUACAGCUUACACAGCUGUAUAUACAGGUUUCUUAUAAAACAAUGACUUUUGUAGGCGAGAAAUGUACACAAAACAUAAUUAUGGUAUCGUUUGAAGUAUUAAUCUGCCAUAACGUACCGCGACUGCCAUCUAUUGUGAUGUUGUGAGAAUUUUCUUUAUAUACUUACUGAAUUAUUAUAAUAAUAUAUUGUUUAUUUUGAAUAUUUUAAUCGAACGCUAGAUGUUAAUUUUGCAUUCUGUAAAGUCGUCGAACAUUGGUCGCGUCGCUGUUCUAACUUUUGAUGUCAUGCUCUGUCGUUUACAUGUUGAGAACAGGAACGUUCUUCAACCCCAGCCAGUCUGAUUCGUCGUUGCCAUGGUUACAUAAAAUGCGCGCCAAUGUUCACAAGAGCUGCUAUUCGGACUAACUUGUCAUUGAUUAAAUACAAGCGUACAAAUAUGUAACUUGUAAUAAUGUGUUUAGUGUUAAAUUUUGCACACGAGUUAAUUAACGCAAAACUAUAAAGUUGUUAGUGAUUUGUAAAAUGUAUUCUUAUUGAAGAAAUUAUUAAGAUAAGUUUCGGUUACAAUUGUAUUUUGUUAUGAUAUAUGAUGGAAACAUGUAUAGGAAUAUCGAUAUUUAUAACAAAUCGAUUUUAUAACGAUCACUCGCUUUUAUUUGAUCUAUCUUUAAUGUUUCCGUUGAAUCAUGUGGUAUGUAUUGCGAUUAUUAUAACGCUCACAAAUUACGUUCAAAUAUAUAUUUAGCCGUGAUAAAUAAUCCCAAUACAUAUCGAAACAAAAUAUUAUUUAGAUGUAAAAGCUAUAUUAACUCUUCUUGUAAUGUUAUGGCCUUAUAUGAUACUCAGUGGGACUCCGACAAAUAUAAAUAAUGCGUACUUAUAGAUGUGGUCAUUGUACAAAACUUUAGAAUAUUCAAUCAGUUUGAGCACAAAUUAUCAAUUCGUUUUUUUUGCCGACUUUUUUGUUGGCAAACCAUUCCUUAUGUUAAAAUGAUUUUAAUUACAGCUGUGCACUGCACUGCCUUGUCAUAAAAAGUUCAGGCUUUGUUAUUUUUAUUGGCUAUAUAACGUAUGUAUGAGGGACCUUCUGGCACCGUCAUAAGUACCCACAAACUUCGCGUAAGCACCCCUUCAUACCAAUCUAAAAGGCCUAAAGCCUCUCCGACAAUAUUCACUUACAUAUCGACUCGAUUCUUUCUUAUUUACUCGAUGAUUCAUAGUGGGUUUAAUCGAUAUUUUCAGAUUUAUCGAUAUGUUGUUGAUUCAUAACGUUGUAUAAAUCCCACACCUAGUGAUAUGUAUGUCUCAACAGCAUUUAUUUAUAAAUCGGAUAAUUUCAAUGAUGAUAGUUUUAUUUUUUUGAAAAUAUGCAUAUGAAGAUAUAGAUUAUAGAGAUAAUAAAUUGUUAGCAGUUUUAACUUGCAUUUAAUAUUGAAUAGAUGGAUCCAGGAACAAAAUAAAUUAUAAUUAUAGUUUGUUUUUUUGUCAUCGUGGGAGUUUAUUAAUUUCUCGGUUUUAAUAAAUUACUUUGUAUAUUUUUUUCGGAUGUGGGCGGGGCCAAUUCAUAUUAAGAAUUUUAAUUUUUUGUUUUUGUUUCCUAGAUCCAAUGAAGUUUUGUGCAUGUUAUAACUGCUAACAGCCUACGUUAUAUUUCUAAAUUGUAAUAAGAGGAUUAUAACAUUUUAGUACUAACUUAUUAGGUUAGUUUUAGUAUUUAUACAUAAUUAUUUAAUAGUUAAAUUGGGAAGAGGCUUGAGAUAUUAUUUAGUUUGAUGAUGGUGACUCUGGAAACAUUAUGUAAAUUCUACUCGGUCUGUAGUCCUACGUCUUACCUCUAAAUAUAAUUAAGCUAUUCAUAAAUCUUGACUCGAGGAAUGUUUCGAAAAGAUCUAACAUACUAAGCUUUGUUUUAAUUUGUUGUUCUACCUUUCCAGGUUUGUCGUGUAAAAUUAAAAAUACGUUAUGAAUUAAAAUAUGACCAUAUCACAAAUAAUGUUACAGAGUUAUCAUUUUCAUCACCAUUUUCAUUACUACGUUUUCAAGUUAAACAUUUUAUUAUAGAAAAUUCUAUCAAUACGUACAUGUACUCGUGCACGCUAAAUUCAUCUUUGUGUAAUGAGAAUAAGUUCUAUGGUCGCGAUCACGACUUGUGAUUUUAGUGUGUCACCAAGGUUUGAACUGCAUAUACACAAAAAGUUUAUUCUCGCCAAGAUACUACUCCGCCUAAACAAUGUCUAUACCAAAUGUAGUUCUCGCCUUAACACACAAUAGACUGAAAUUGCCAGUGUAAAAAAUAGUAUUUGUUAUCUGUGAACAAUUCCCCUGUGUUACCAUCAACAAUAAAUUUUAAUGUCUCACUUUACGCUAAUCUUUUCAGUUAUAUUUAGGUUACAUUGCAGUCGGCCAUAGCUAGUUAUACAAUAGUAUUUUACGGUCUAAAACAUGUUUAAUUUCGGACUAAGGAAUUAUGUAUGGUGCUAUCAUUUGUUUUAUCGCAACUGAACCUGUUUCAUUCGAUAUUUGUUGCAUUUUACUGUGGAGUGUGGACAUGUCUACAAGAUCUUACUACCAUGCUUUACGUCAUCAAGACUUGUCACAAAUAUAAGAUAUUGCUUCGGAACAAUGUAUUUGAAAUGUAAGUUAUCCUAUAUGAGUUCAAUGUCCAUUUCAUAGUCAGAUCACAUGAAAUGAACGAAAGGUUCGCCAUUAAUAAUUUCUACCAAUUAAAUGUUACUGUAAACACAUACGGGUAAUGUCCAAAAUUGUAAAACUUUAUUCAAAUGUCAUACUCACAUCUUUAUAUGUUCUCUGUUCCUUCUCUUACACUAAGCACUGUAUAGUCGGCGCCGCAAUUGUUAUUUAUGUUGCUGACUGUACCCACUUGGAAUGUACCAAGAAAUAAAAUUUAUUUACGUACUCAAGAA